UUCAGUCGCGCGCUCCAAGCUUGCUCCGAAAGAGCGCGAACCGGGGAUCGAGAUAACGAUCGAUCGAAAAAAAAGAACAGAUAUCAGAUCGCGGUGGUCCGAUGGACUAUACGGAACGAUGAGUUACUUCGAGAGAUGAGCAUAGAGAGAUCGCGGAUGAACGAUCGACCCAGUCGAUCUCGAUCGCGAAGCUGUCAUUGAUUCAUCCCCGGGAUGUUGAGAGAUAUCAACGCGUGCAACACGUGUCUCGUGUCGCAAUUAAAUAAAAAUUCCGCGAGACGAUACGUUUCGCAGUCGAGCUUCUAAGGAACAGGUAUAUUUCGUAAUUAAUAACAUUAUGAUACUCGGGAUUACUGAUGAUUAUCGUUUCAUCGAAGUUAAAUUGGAACACACCGGAGACUGUAAUGGACUCCUUUGACGGAGUAUGAUAUCUGGCACUUCGGGAGAGAGGCGAAAUUAUCUACAUUAAUUUUCAUAUAAAGUAAUUAAUGCGAAAGCGCGUGUGACGCAUUACAUACAUUAUGCGAACGGCUGCAAAUGAAGAUGGACAUGCAUUAUAACGCGUCUGUCGAAAUCGCAAUUGGAAGUGCAACAACAAUCUUACUACUAUUUCUUCGGGAAAAAUAUUGUUUACCCUACGGAAACCUCCGCAGGAAUAGGAAAUAUUACGCAAGAUAUUGAACAACUUAAAAUCCUGCUCAUUAUCGCGUGUCAAAUGUUUAACGAGAUUCAAAUUAUGUUCGUUAAAAUAUGAUAAGGCACGUCGAAAGCGCGUUACCGUGAAAUGUGUAUCGCGGUUCGAGAGAAUGCUCGAAGUGGUGCGCGAAAUGAGACCAAAGUGCAAGGAACAUCAGCUGCUAAUCGUAGCCCGUAAGCAGCCGCGGGUGACUCGUUUCCUCUCGCUGUAGGAGACCGCGACCCGGAAAACUCGUCGCAAUGUGCAAUAAUUAUUAGAGGUGGAAAUAAUUCCGACGAGAGGUAGAAAGAGGAAAUAUGGCAUCGCGGACGAGAAGACGGUGGUGCGCGAGUGGUGUUCUGGUGCGAUUUAUACUGCUCCUAUCGAGCAUGUACGUCGGUCGUUGCGCGGACUUCGGCGAGACGUCGACGAUGACGUCGAUAAUGUUGACGAACACGACGACGACGAUGACGUCGGCGACGGCGAAGACGACGACAUCGGCGCCGGCUAUUAAGGAGUGCGUCGACGGUGCACGGACGAUUCAAUCCAAUCACAAGGUCGUCAAGCUGGCGGUGAUCGCUCCGGGCGAUCCUCACCACGAGCAAAGCUUGCCGAAGGUAUUGCCGGCGGUGCAGCUGGCGGUGGAACACGUGAAUUCGUCGAAGGGAUCUCUGCACGGAUGGGAAAUCAAGGUGGACUAUCGCGACUCGCAGUGCUCCAGCACUUUUGGGCCUCUCGCCGCAUUCGAGUUUUACAUCAACAAGACAGCAGAUGCCUUUCUGGGUCCCGUGUGCGAUUAUGUGAUCGCACCUGUGGCCAGGUACGCGGGCAAAUGGAACAUACCCGUGUUAACGGCGGGCGCGCAAGCGGAGGCGUUCCGUUACAAGGGCGAGCAUUAUCCAACGUUAACCAGGAUGAUGGGCUCUCAUCGCUUGGUAGGCGAGGCGCUCAGACAUAUUCUACGGCGUUUCGGGUGGAAAAUCGCCGGCCUUCUCUUCCACAAUUACGCGGUGUCCAGCAGCAAAGGUAAUUCCGAGUGCCAUUUCACGGUGAGCGCCGUAUAUACGGCGCUCAACCAAACGCCGGUACACAGGAGCUUCAAUCAGGAGACGACCAACGCCAAUGAUUACAAGGACUUGCUCACCUUCGUCUCCAAAUCCGCAAGAAUCGUGGUGAUGUGCGCUAAUUCAACAACCAUCAGGGAAAUAUUGCUGGCUGCCGAAGAGCUCGGAAUGGUGGACUCAGGAGAGUAUGUGUUCUUCUCCAUAGAGCUUUCCUCCAGUGACAACGACUCCAAAGAGCCGUGGAGAAUCGACGGUGACACCAACGAGCGUAAUGAGAAAGCCCGUAAGGCUUAUCAGGCUCUGCUGACGGUGACAGCGCGCACCCCAGACAACUUGGAAUACCUAAAUUUUUCGCGCCAGGUCAAGACCUUGGCGCAAGAAAAUUACAACUUCACCUUCGGAAACAGUUCGGUCUCCACCUUUGUGACAGCGUUUUACGACGCCGUGCUGCUUUACGCCCUCGCUCUUAACGAGAGCUUGCCGGAACAACCGGGUGAGGUCAAUCGGUUAGACGGCGGUAAUCUGACCAGGAAAAUGUGGGGAAGAAAUUUCAAGGGAAUAACCGGCGUCGUAAACAUCGAUGAGAACGGCGACAGAAUCGCGGAUUAUUCUCUCCUGGAUAUGGAUCCGGAAACAUCCAGAUUCGAAAUUGUAGCAAAUUACUACGGUGCUAACAAAACAUUGGAGUAUAUUCCUGGGAUGCAUAUUCAUUGGGCUGGUGGCCGUUUAGAGCCACCUCCGGAUACUCCUACUUGUGGAUUCGACGGAUCCUUGUGUCCCGAUAAUUCUCUUCCGGGCUACGCCAUUCUCUCCAUGGUACUGAGCUCUAUUGUAGUCGUUCUUGUCGUCGGUUCAGUAUUUAUUUAUCGACGUUUCAAACUGGAGGCGGAAAUUGCCUCCAUGACGUGGAAGGUGCAUUGGGACGACGUAAUCGUAAUACCGAACGCGAAGACAAGAGGCUCCAUGUACUCUCUGAUUGCGAAUAAGUUUCGCGGCAGCCAACUGACAAUAUAUUCCGAGGAUAACGCAAGUAUGCCGGAUGAUGGUGAUAAAAAUGCGUAUGUUCCAACGGGAUUUUAUAAGAACUCAAAAAUUGCUAUAAAAGUGAUACCGAGAGACAAAGUCGAGAUCUCCAGGCCUUUAUUGCUCGAAUUAAAGCGGAUGAAGGAUCUUCAGCAUGAUCAUCUUGUACGAUUUUACGGUGCCUGUCUCGAGCCACCGCAUUGUUGCCUCUUAACCGAAUACUGCCCUAAAGGAUCUCUUCAGGAUAUAUUGGAGAACGAGCAGAUAAAGCUCGAUCGCGUGUAGGGAUCCUUGAUACACGAUAUCGUUCGCGGAAUGGUGUAUCUCCACGCGUCGGAGCUGAAGAGUCAUGGUAAUCUCAAGUCCACGAACUGCGUGGUCGAUUCUCGAUUCGUCCUGAAAAUCGCCGACUUUGGUCUGCACGAGCUCAGAAGGACGGACGCGGAUGCGGACAGAAAUAGCUACGCUUAUUGGAGAAAACAGCUGUGGACAGCACCAGAGUUGCUGAGGACGGAAAGACGACCGCCCGAGGGCACUCAGAAAGGCGACGUAUACAGCUUCGCUAUAAUCGUUCACGAGAUCGUGAUGCGCCAAGGGCCAUUCUACUUGGGAGACAAUAACGAUCUCUCUCCGAAGGAAAUAGUAGAAGGCGUUAGAAGAGGUGGCGGUUCACCUUUAAGACCCGUAAUCGACGAUGCUUCUGUUGAAGAAGAGGUAGCUACAUUAAUGAGACGAUGCUGGGCGCAAGAUUCCGCGGACCGGCCGGAUUUUCCUGCGCUGAAGCAGACCAUUCGUAAAAUUAAUAAAGACUACGAGAGCAGCAAUAUCUUGGACAAUUUGUUAUCCCGGAUGGAGCAGUACGCCACGAAUUUAGAAACAUUGGUGGAGGAACGUACGGCAGACUAUCUCGAGGAAAAACGUAAAUGCGAGGAGCUCCUUUAUCAGUUACUACCAAAAUCAGUGGCGUCGCAACUGAUCCUCGGACAAAGCGUAAUCGCCGAGACAUACGACCAAGUGACAAUCUACUUUAGCGACAUCGUGGGCUUCACGAGUCUGUCAGCUGAGAGCACGCCCCUGCAGGUGGUCGAUCUGCUGAACGACCUUUAUACGUGUUUCGACUCGAUUAUCGAGAACUUUGAUGUCUACAAGGUGGAAACGAUAGGGGAUGCUUAUAUGGUUGUAUCGGGAUUACCAGUAAGAAACGGCAUGAAUCACGCCAGAGAGAUCGCAAGGAUGAGUUUAGCUCUCAGGGAUACGGUAAUGACAUUCAGUAUUCGUCACAGGCCAAACGAGCAAUUGAAGCUUCGCAUUGGUAUGCAUUCUGGACCAUGCGUGGCCGGUGUGGUUGGUCUUAAGAUGCCUAGAUACUGCCUCUUCGGUGACACUGUCAAUACAGCUUCUAGGAUGGAGAGUAACGGAGAAGCUUUAAAGAUCCACGUCAGCCCGAAGACAAAGGAAAUCCUGGACACUUUUGGCACAUUCGAGCUCGAGUGCAGGGGAGAGGUUGUAUUAAAGGGUAAAGGUCCCAUGACUACUUACUGGUUAAGGGGCGAGAAACCAACGAACAACAAUGUGCAACAGGCGAAUCCCACGACGACACUCGGACAGAUAUCGACCCUGCAGGAUCAACCUCCUGCCGUCACCGCGCAAAUCCAGAUGACACAGCCCAAGCAAUUGGAGCAACGCGCGCUUCCGUCCACCGGUCAGCAGCACAAAUUUCAAGGUCAGUCGGAUCAGCAGCAACAAUCGAUUCAGUCGAGGAGUCAGGAGUCGCGACCGCAGGGUCAGCAGAGGCCGCAAGAGUCGCGGGGCCAAGGACCGGUCCAGACCAAUCCGUCGUCCGUCGCUCCGAAUCAGAUUCAGCAGAAAACCGCAAUGGCCAUGAAUCCCGCUUGCGGUCUCGCCAUGACGGGGAACGGCGCGCCGAAAUCGACGAUCGCGUCGCGGACCGUCGACUUCGUCGGCAACUCCUCGCCGUCUCGCAACCGCUCGAGCAGCUCGUCGAGCGCGAACAAUUCCGUGCACCAGGUCUACCCGACGGCCGAGAGUAUGCCGAAUCACACCGAGAGCGGUCCCAACGCGCCGCUUCUUCUACCCGCGGGCGCGAUUCCCAGGGUCUAGCUCUCUUAAAAUCACGUCCGUCAUUUAUCCGAUACCUGGACAUGUCGAUGGGAAUUUUGUUCGAGCGUUACUCGUGAGAAAGAAUUAGACGAGAGCAUAUACGGAUUUGUAAGAGAAUCAAAACGAAAGACUCUUAAGGCGAUCAAGACUCAGCUUCUGCGAUUCAAGAAUUAGAUCUCUUACGUUAACUUGCAAAGUCAAUUUUGUGGUUUUCUCAAGAGUAUUUAUUGAAUUGAAAUUUUAAUUCAUUAAUUGGUGGAACAUUUGCUUUCGACACAUUUUAUUCGCGUUGUUAAUAAUAGAUGUAGCUGACAAGGCGAGGCUCUAUACAGAGUCGAGGACCAACUUUAAAUUCGCAGAAAGUGAUCUCUUUCUACAAGGUAUUAUGGAACCAACCUUUACCGAUAACGAUUAGCACAAUUUAGGACAAAUAUGAGUGUCGCGACGAUGGUUGUCAUAUCGUAUGUAAGGAUGGACAGCGAGAACUCGGAUUUGAAGAAGGAACAAUUAAUUAUAGAAGGAUACACGAUCGACGAUACGCUUUUACCGAAGGUACUUAUGAUCUCUUGCAUAUGAAAACACAAUAUUAUUACCGGUCACGUACCGGUGCGUUUUAUUUAUUCAAACCGAAACGAACAUUCGACAUAAUACGAUGCAUAUGCAACGGCAUGUAAAAUGCAACGGACUUAAUUUAAUGGCAAUUUUUUCGUGUUAUAGUCGCGACUGAUACCCGCCGAUCUCUAUACGCCGAAUUAAAUUAAAGUAUACGGACUUUACAUACGCUACUCUAUAAAUUCUCUUUUCCUUUAAGCAUUUCGAGAACACGGUUUUCCAAUUUCGAUUAUUCUAAUUAUCAAACUUUUUUAUAUCACAUUAUUACAAUUAUUUAAAAUGGGAUAAAAAUAAUUGGAAUUUAUCAAUGUGGGCUCGAGAUUGAUCAAAAACGGUGGGCUAAAUUUUCAUCUUAUCUAUACGUAUACCUUUUUUCAUAAUGUAUAUUUUUCUAUUUUUUUUCUGUUGAGAUAUUUUCGCCCUUUUUCGAAAUUCGUCUACGAUCGCGAAUCACGAACAAACAUCACGAGAUCAGCCGUAGUGUGUGUUUGUCGUUGCAUGCUGAAUAUAACAAACAUUACUAUUCAUAAUGCGCGCGUGCUUACAGAGCGCAACACGACAUAGCACACAUACAAACACACACACACACACACAUAUAUGCAAAGUGU